AGGUGGAGGAGGAGGAGUAGGGAAUAUUCUUUGUCCUCACCCCGCGGCACAGCACAUAACAGAAGAAGAACGCGGACUCUUCACAAGGAACACAAAAGUAGAUGGAGUGAAAUCUGAGAGAGAGACUCAGACACAGACAGAGAGAGAGAGAAGCUCCACCAAGUCAAAACCACGGGUGGAGAAAAAACAACAAGUCAGAGACAAAAAAAAAAAGAGAGGAGCGAACAACGACUGAAGGUUUGAAAGGAUCGUUUCUCUCCCAGAUUCAUUAUGAGUUGGAGUUUCCUCACACGUUUGCUGGACGAAAUCUCCAACCACUCCACCUUUGUGGGUAAAAUCUGGCUCACGCUCCUCAUCGUUUUCCGCAUUGUACUGACGGCGGUCGGCGGCGAGUCCAUCUACUACGAUGAACAGAGUAAAUUUGUGUGCAACACGCAGCAGCCCGGAUGUGAGAACGUGUGCUACGACAAGUUCGCGCCGCUGUCGCACAUCCGCUUCUGGGUGUUCCAGGUGAUCGUCAUCACCACGCCCACCAUCAUGUACCUGGGCUUCGCCAUGCACAAGAUCGCACGGAUGGACGACGCCGACUACCGGCCCAGAAAGCGGAUGCCCAUGGUGAGUCGCGGUGCAAACCGGGACUACGAGGAAGCGGAGGACAAUGGCGAAGAAGACCCCAUGAUCCUGGAGGAGAUCGAGCCGGAGAAGGAGAAGGAGGUGGUGGAGAAACCCAGCAAGAAGCACGACGGGCGCCGUCGCAUCAAGAGAGACGGCCUGAUGAAGGUGUACGUGUUCCAGCUGCUGUCGCGGGCCGUCUUUGAGGUGUCCUUCCUGUUCGGACAGUACGUCCUCUACGGAAUAGAUGUGAAGAAGAUCUACACGUGCACCUCUGACCCCUGUCCACACAAAGUCGACUGCUUCGUGUCUCGUCCCACGGAGAAAACGAUCUUCCUGCGCAUCAUGUACGGCGUCAGCGCCCUCUGUCUGCUGUUCACCGUGCUGGAAAUCCUCCACCUCGGCAUCAGCGGCAUCCGGGACUGCUGUUGUGCCCCACGUUCUCGCCCCCCCACCCCUCGCCACCCAGCCCUGUCCAGCCAGAGGUCCUCCAUCUGCCGCCAGCCCUCCGCACCUCCAGGUUACCACACCGCCAUGAAGAAGGACCCGGUCGGGAAGAUGGCCUUCAGGGACAACCUGGCGGACUCCGGCCGCGAGUCGUUCGGGGACGAGUCGUCUUCGCGGGAGCUGGAGAGGCUGCGGAGACACCUGAAGCUGGCCCAGCAGCAUCUGGACAUGGCCUACCAGAACGAGGACAACAGCCCGUCACGCAGCAGCAGCCCGGAGUCCAACGGCACCGCGGUGGAGCAGAACAGACUGAACUUCGCCCAGGAGAAGCAGAGCAGCACGUGUAACAAAGGUCUCAGGGCGUAGGCUGAGGUUGGCUCAACUGGUGACACGAGGGGCAGAAAGUGCACAUUAAGGAUCAACACAGUGAGUGAGUGUGGGUGUGAGUGAGUGAGUGUGUGAGUGUGAGUGCGGGUGUGUGUGUGAUGUCACUUGAGAUGGAUGAAGUCAGCUCAAGCCCCGCGGUGUUACGACCGGCCGUGGUUGAGUCGAAGAAGAGCAGAGCGUCUCGACCCCAAACUGUGAGACGUCGUCUCGUCUGAAGAGUCAGAAGUGCUUAAAAAAAAAAGACCAUUUUAUGUUUUAUUUACUUUGUUUUUUUUAAUCUUCUUUUAAGAAGUUUUAAGUUUCUCUGUGUCUCCGUUAACUGGACCCAUCUCAACUUUGCCUUAGAGCUGAACUGGAACUGUUUUGUACGAGCGUCUGUGACCGAACCAGACGAGUGUCUGUUGUCGUUCGAGUGUCUGUCAGGCACCAAGAAAAGGUACUGGGCGUUCUCUGGGUUCUCCGAUGAAGACUUCUAGCUGUUUUAAUACAAAGGUUUCUUUCCAGUUUGUGUGCGUUUUUGUUCUUCUACAGUACACUGUUGGUACUGCACCCGUCGUCUUCCCCAGGACCGGUGCCUGUAACAGUAACUGGAACCACACUGAGGCGGCCUUUGUCCAAAGGAAUCAAACAAACCUGGGUAAUGCUUGAAAAACACUUGAUACGGUCUCAACGUUUUACGCUGGUAUUUGAUACUGUUUGUUUAUUUUUGUAUUAGUGUAGAAUGUUGUGGUGUUGAACGAAGCUGUCGUCACUGUGGCCAACCGUUUUUUUAUUAUUACGUCUGUUUUAAUUCCCUGAAGUGUAAAUAUUUUGAAGGACCAGUUUAAAUACGUUUGUGUUCUACUACAGCAGGUUGUCGCUCGAACAGUUGCACAUCAUCUUUGACCAGCGUUUCCUUGUUCAGGACAGAAUGGACGGUGUCUGUGGGAGAACGCGCUUCCACGUUUUGAGAAGUGCUGAUCUUUGUGUUUGCGGUUCAGACUGUUUUGGUUUUUUUUUUUCUUUUUCUGAAAGGUCUGUUAAUGAUGUAAUCAUUUCAAUGUGAAGCUGCUGUGGAGCGUUCUCCGAGGCGUGACAUCACGUCAUGAGUUUGUAUCUCAAUCACAGCCACAGUGCCAACUCAGAAACUGUCAUCGCUAGUUAUUUUUCAGCAAUGCUUUUGUACUUUUUUAUACUUUUUGUAUCCAUAGUACUUUGUGGUAGUUUUUUUAAAUAAAGUUUUUCAACAAGUUUGUA